AUGCUGCGCCCUUUGAGCUUCAUGCUUCCAUUGCUGUUGGUCGGAGCGGCUGUCGAGCUCGACACCUGCCUGGCUGGGGAGUCCUGCGAACCCUCCCAAGGCUCGAAGAUGAUGCAGCUGCAGGGCAAGCGGGAGAAGCUGCAGGUCGUCGACACAUUGCAGCCAAAGAAGCAUCAGGCUGUGAACAUCGAGCUGGGCUUCAAGCAGAAGAGGCUUUGGAAGCUGCAUCACUCGAUGCGGAAGCUGCGUGACGAGAAUUUGAGCGCGCAUGCAGCUACCUGCCUGAAGAUUGCCCUGCAGUUCUUGGAGAAGGUCAACAAGCACGUCCUAGAGAAUGGCAUCCUGGACCCCAACGCACCGGCGGAUGUCAUGGAGUGGUUUGACCAUAGCAAGCCUGAGGAUGCAGAGUUUGACAUGUCCAAGGAUGCAUGGGUAAAGCAUCAUGAGGCCAUCCUCAGCGCAUUGGAAUACUACGAGGAAGUCGUCACGCCGGAGGAAGCGGAGGAGAAAGGGUGCGUCAUGACGACGGACGUGGUGGAUGAGAUCAUGGGCCUCCCAGACACACCCGAGGUGGGCGCUGCGGUGCAAGGGGACAUGAUGGCAGACUCGAACCAGUCCGCAGCACUUCUUCAAGCCGUCCGGAAGGGCGAGAAGUUUGUGAGCAAUCUUUGGGAAGACAAGCACAACAUCCGGUAUUGCUUCGGCUCCUCCCUGACGCCCACGGCACAUCAGGCGAUGGUGGAGGCCAUCCAGCACUUCAAGAAUCACAUCCCUUGCAUCGGCUUCAAGCAUGUGGCCGUCGGCAAUGACACGACGAAGAAGUGUGCAGAGGAGCCCGCCAUCUACAUCGGCAGCUUCAGCACAGGCUGCUUUGCCCAUGUGGGUCAGCCCUACAAGAUGUCAAGCGAUCCAGUGGCUUACACCGAUUCCCAGCUGAACCUGGGACCUGGAUGCGAGACGAUGGGGAUCGCUGCACACGAGCUGGGCCACAACCUCGGCAUGCUCCACGAGCAGAGCCGCACGGACCAUGACCAGUACGUGAGGAUCCUUUGGGACAACAUCCAGGAGGCCAAACGCCACAACUACGACACCAGCCACGAAGGGGACCGGACGAUGCCCUACGACAUGCUUUCACUCAUGCACUACAGCGACCAUGCCUUCGGGAAGUACGAUGCAGAUGGGAAUGUGAUGAAGACCAUGGAGGCUGUGAACACCACGAGUGGAUCGACCGUUGUGAUGGGCAACAGGAUGGGCCUUACACAUCAGGAUGCCAGGCAGGUCGGCUCGAUGUACGACUGCCUUGCCGAGAUCGACGACUUCAAGCUCUGUACUCCUGACGCAGACGGCUGCACGACAGAGGACUGUGGCUGCCACCAGGAUGCAAGUGCUCUGGACGAAAUCAUCAAGACCACCGAUGACCAAGGCUGCAACCGCUGCCUGAAAAAGUGCCCGGCUUAUAAUUAUGGAACUUCCGGCCCCUGUGGCUGCCCGGAGGGUCUGCAACAUGGCUGCUUUGAGGCGGGAGGCACAGAGUACUGCUACUGCAGAGAGCCCACCACCACGACGACGACCACCACCACCACCACGACCACCACGACCACCAUCAGCACCAGCGACGCGGCAACGACGACGCAGCAGGAGAGUGGACAGCCACAGUCCGAAGCCUGCAAGCCUGAUGAGGCCUGGUGGUGUGAGCACCAUGUGGAUGCCAAGCUGUCCUUUGAAAUUCCUGUUUUGAAGCUUGAGUGUUCUGGAGGGUCAGGUUUUUCAUUUGAUCAGUUUUCGGGUCCUGGAGCGAAUCUAAGGCCGACUGCCAUGACCUUCGUUCGAGGGU